AUGUCCGAGACGUAUGAAAAGAGGGAGCCCGCCUUUGGCGAGGGCAACGUCCUCAAGCCCGAUGAAGCCAUUGAUAUAGAGGCGAGGCGUGAUUCUACCAUGGUCCAUGGUCGCAAAAUGAGUAGAAUCGGCCCGCCUCCGAGGAUUGGUUCCUUGCCCGAUACUUCGGGAUCUGACGAUGAAUAUGGCAAGCUGGUCGCAAUGGAAGCCAACGAUGCCAUCAAGUAUCGGACUUGCUCCUGGCAAAAGACUGCCGCUUUACUCUUCUCCGAGUAUAUUUGCCUGGCCAUCAUGUCAUUCCCUUAUUCAUACUCGAUCCUCGGGCUGGUGCCCGGUAUCAUUCUCACGGUUGUUCAAGCCGCUUUCGUCCUCUACACGUCUCUGGUGGUUUGGGAAUUCUGUCUUCGACAUCCUGAGACUCGAGACGUCUGCGACAUUGGACAGAUGCUGUUUUGGAACUCGAAAUGGGCGUGGUACUUUACAGCGGUCAUGUUCAUCUUGAACAACACUUUCAUUCAAGGGCUCCAUGUUCUCGUCAUUUCGCGCUAUCUCAAUACCAUGAGUGGCCACAGCGUUUGCACCGUGGGCUUUGCAGCCAUCGGCGCCGUCGUCUCGUGGGUUUGUUCCAUGCCCCGUACCUUCAGCGCGCUGUCGAAACUUGCCGCCUUUUCUGCCUUCUUCACUUUUGUAAGUGUCAUCCUUGCUGCUGCUUUCGCCGGCGCAGAGGGCAAGCACGGUACAGCUGGCUACAAUCCCGAUCCGAACCACGUCAACGCGGCGGGUGUGAAACUCGGUGGUGAGCCGCUGGUCCUUGCGGUGCCUAUGGCCGGGACAACGUUUGUUGCAGGGAUGAAUGCCUUCCUGAACAUCAGCUACACAUUCAUCGGACAAAUCACGCUGCCGAGUUUCAUUGCCGAGAUGAAGAACCCUUAUGAUUUCCGCAAGGCGCUGUGGCUCGUCACCAUCUGCGAAAUCAUUUUAUUUAGUCUCGUUGGAGGCAUUGUCUAUGGCUAUACCGGAACUCAGUACAACACGGCGCCCGCGUUCGGCAGUCUGGGCAACGACAUCUACAAGAAGGUCUCGUUCUCGUUCAUGGUCCCGACGCUCAUUUUCCUCGGCGUACUCUACGCCUCCGUGUCGGCGCGGUUCGUGUUCUUCCGCCUCUUCGACGGCACGCGACACAAGUCCUCGCACACGGUUGUGGGCUGGGUGUCCUGGGCCGCCAUCCUGGCCGCGACGUGGGUCCUGGCCUUUAUCAUUGCCGAAGUCAUCCCCUUCUUCGCCGACCUGCUGUCCCUGAUGAGCAGUCUGUUCGACUCCUUCUUCGGCUGGAUCUUCUGGGGUGUUGCGUACCUGCGGAUGCGGCACGCGGAUCUGGGCCCGGGCUUCUGGAGGAAGAGGGGCAUUCGCGGGUGGAUUGGGUUCCUGAUGAACAUCUUCAUCAUCAUCGUGGGGGUCUACUUUUUGGGCGUGGGCACUUAUGCCUCUGUCGACAGUAUCGUCUUGGAUUAUGAGAACGGCAACGUCCGCGGCGUCUUCACCUGCGCCGACAAUUCAGUCUAG